AUGGUUGCAACGACAACAGUCCUAGACGCACGCCUGUACACGACCCUAUCGGCUAGCCUGUCCAGUGAGCUCUUGGUUCCGCAGAAGCACAUCAACGGCAGCACACAUGCCAUCCAGGACAACCAUGCUGUCGUCCCAAUGCCAACCGCAGCCGACAGCACGCGCACCCAUCUCCUCAGCCUACCCACAGAAAUUCUCCUCCUCAUAGUCCGCCACUUCCUCCCAGACGACAUCCAUGUCGUCUACGAACGAGCACGCCCGAAAUCCCAACUCUUCUCCGCCAUGGCAUUUGCCAGCUACCGCAAAUCCAAGAAUACUGGGAACGUGACCUCGCCGCCGGAAUCCCUGACGACCAUUGCAGAACCGCCUCAUCUAUACUGGAAGCCUCCCAGUGUCCCUGACUUGCUGCUGAUCUCAAGGCGGUUCUCUAGCGUGCUGGUGCCGGUGCUGUAUCAGCGGAUGAAGAUCGAGGUGAUUGGGCCGGGAGGGGAUACUUGUCGGUGGAGGUAUUGGCCGCGGGAUUGUGGGACUUGGAUCGAGUUGAUGGAGGAGGCGCAAGGGUAUCUGAGGGAGUGGUUGGAGCGAUUCGUGGGCGAAAUUGGAAUAGUGCCAAUGGCGUUGGAGGUUGGCGGGGAGGGACAAAGCGGACGCGAGCGAUCGAGUGUGACUGAAGAAGACCGGGAAGUGUGA